AGUCGCCACUGUCCUGAGCACAGCUGGACUCCGCUUCUAACCCCGCGCCAGCGACGUUGCCCACCGCGGCUGCGGGCACCGGAUACCGUGCUCCCGUGCCAGUCGGGGAUGCGAGCUGCUCCCGCGACGGCAUGGCAGCCUCAGGGUGGGGCCGGGGAUGCGACAUCCUCAUCUUCUACAGCCCAGAUGCGGAGGAAUGGUGCCAGUACCUACAGGAUCUUUUCGUGUCCUGCCGGCAGGUCCGUAGCCAGAAGAUGCAGACAUACUGCCUGGUCCCGGAUGCCGCCUUCUCUGCCCAGGACCUGUGGGUCUUCAGGGAUGCGCGAUGCGUGCUGGUGCUACUGUCUGCGGGGCUGGUGGGAUGCUUCGGCCAGCCAGGUCUGCUGCCAAUGCUGCAGCGCGCCUGCCACCCACCGCAGCGUGUGGUGCGGCUGUUGUGUGGAGUGCAGCCAGGCGACGAGGACUUCCAGGCCUUCUUUCCUGACUGGGCCCACUGGCAGGAACUGACCUGUGAUGAUGAGCCAGAGACCUACGUGGCGGCUGUGAGGAAGGCCAUUUCUGAAGAUUCUGGCUGUGACUCAGUAACCGACACAGAGCCCGAGGACGAGAGAGCGCUUCCUUUCUCAAAGCAGACAAACCUGCCUUCGGAGAGAUCGCCUGGGAACCUGAUGGUGGUACAGCCGGACCGCAUUCGCUGUGGGGCAGAAACCACUGUGUAUGUCAUUGUGAGAUGCAAGCUGGACGAGACGGUGUCAACAGAAGCAGAAUUCUCUCCUGAGGAUUCUCCCUCCAUCCGGGUGGAAGGCACGCUGGAAAAUGAAUACACGGUCUCUGUGAAAGCACCAGACCUCUCCUCAGGGAAUGUUUCUCUGAAGGUCUAUUCUGGGGACCUGGUGGUCUGCGAAACCACCGUCAGCUAUUAUACCGACAUGGAGGAAAUUGGGAACUUACUGUCCAGUGCUGCAAAUCCUGUGGAGUUUAUGUGUCAGGCCUUUAAAAUCGUGCCCUACAACACAGAGACUCUCGAUAAACUGCUCACCGAGUCCCUGAAGAACAACAUCCCCGCAAGUGGACUGCACCUCUUUGGGAUCAACCAACUGGAAGAAGAUGAUAUGAUGACAACUCAGAGGGACGAAGAGCUGCCCACGCUGUUGCAUUUUGCUGCCAAGUACGGACUGAAGAACCUCACUGCCUUGCUGCUCACCUGCCCAGGGGCUCUCCAGGCCUACAGUGUGGCCAACAAGCAUGGCCACUAUCCUAACACCAUCGCUGAGAGACACGGCUUCAAGGACCUGCGCCAGUUCAUCGACGAGUAUGUGGAAACUGUGGACAUGCUGAAGAUGCACAUUAAGGAGGAGUUGAUGCAAGGGGAGGAGGCAGACGACGUGUACGAGUCCAUGGCCCACCUGUCCACAGACCUGCUGAUGAAGUGCUCCCUCAACCCUGGCUGUGAUGAUGAGCUGUACGAGUCCAUGGCUGCCUUCGCCCCAGCAGCCACAGAAGACCUCUAUGUUGAAAUGCUUCAGGCCAGUGCAGGGAACCCAGUCUCUAGAGAAAGUUUCUCUCGGCCCACCAAAGACUCGAUGAUCCGCAAGUUUCUAGAAGGUAACAGUGUGAAGCCGGCCAGUUGGGAGAGAGAGCAGCACCACCCCCAUGGGGAAGAACUCUAUCACACCGUGGAUAAAGAUGAGGCCUUCUCUGUGGACCUGGCCAACAGGCCCCCUGUCCCUGUGCCCAGGCCAGAGGCCAGCGCUCCUGGUCCCUCCCCACCGCCUGACAAUGAGCCAUACAUUUCUAAAGUUUUUGCAGAAAAAAGUCAGGAGCGGCUUGGGAAUUUCUACGUUUCUUCAGAGAACAUCAGAAAAGAGCCACUUGUGAGGCCAUGGAGGGACAGGCCUCCAUCGAGCAUCUAUGACCCAUUUGCUGGGAUGAAGACGCCAGGCCAGCGGCAGCUCAUCACCCUGCAGGAGCAGGUGAAGCUGGGCAUUGUCAACGUGGACGAGGCCGUGCUGCACUUCAAAGAGUGGCAACUCAAUCAGAAGAAGCGAUCCGAGUCCUUCCGAUUCCAACAGGAAAAUCUUAAAAGACUAAGAGAGAGCAUCACCCGAAGACAGAGAGAGAAGCGAAAGUCAGGGAAGCACGCAGACCUGGAGAUCACAGUUCCAAUCCGACAUUCACAGCACCUUCCGGAGAAAGUGGAGUUUGGCGUGUAUGAGAGCGGCCCCAGGAAGAGCGUCUUGCCGGCCAGGACAGAGCUGAGACGCGGGGACUGGAAAACAGACAGCACAUCCAGCUCAGCAAGCAGCACGAGUAACCGGUCGAGCACACGGAGCCUUCUCAGCGUGAGCAGUGGAAUGGAGGGCGACAACGAGGACAAUGAAGUCCCUGAAAUUACCAGGAGUCGUGGCCCAGGUCCUAUGCAGGUGGAUGGAGCUCCAGUUGUGACCGGAACACCAGUCGGGAUCCUUGAGAGACCCCCUAGGGUGCCUCCUCGAGCAGCUUCACAGAGACCUCUAACCCGGGAGUCCUUCCAUCCUCCUCCGCCGGUUCCACCCAGAGGUCGCUGAUCCCACCUCGUAGAUCCAGCCAACUUCGGGAUUUUUAAGACUAGCAAUUCUCAGCCUGUUGAUGAAGUCUUCAUAUUGAGUCUUGGACCUUGAGAGCCACUGUCACUGGUGAUGGUGGAGCCCUGCUGGUUUGGGUGAUCCUUGAAGACAUCAUUAAGGGGUGAUGAAACCUGAGAUGAAGGCGUCUUUGUUUUGGCAAACAUUCUAGUUUGCCAAAAGGAUGAAGAUACUUACCUCUCAUAUCCUACAGCAGGAGACUACCAGGAUUGAUGGGCAUGUGCUUAUCAAGUGAGCCUACUGUAGGAAACAUCCAUCAGCCCAUACAUACCUGGUAGUGCAGCCUAAUUUCUGGAAGUGAUUAUAGCCCUUCCAGCAGAGGUAGGAAGGGAUCUAACUUUGAAGUAGUUCUUCCACAUUUCUAUGUUUGUCCUGGGGCUGGUCACAUACAACACACUGAAAAACAUCUUAGAAGGGGUUAAGCCAGACUCCUGUUCCAGUGUGGCAUUUGGAGUCCCCCAGAAGUGUGGAACAGGUGGUUCUGUCGUCACCCUCUUUCUCUUGAGUGUGUACGUGUGUGGUGUGCAUGUGUGGUGUCUUGUCUGUCUGUCUGUCUGUCUGUCUGUCUGUCUGUCUGUGGGCAUAUGUAUGUGCCUCUGUGUGGAGACUAGAAGUAAUGUUGGAAGUCUCUGUCACUCUCCCUCUAUUCACUGAGGCAGAGAUUAUUGGUACAAUCAGUCUAGCUUGCUCCAGGGAUCUCCUGGCUCCAUUCUCCCAGUGCUGAAAUUGCAGGCAGGUUACCAUGGCCCCUUGGCAUCUGUGGGAUGCUGGGGAUCUGAAUACUGGCCCUCAUGCUUGGACAGCAAGCACUUUAUCUACUGAUCUGUCUCCCCAGCCCCUGUCAGCACACUUUGUGUCUCUAAGAAGUCCAAUCCUUCCACGUCUCACCCUCUCUUAAGAACUCUCCAAAUGUAGAAAUAGAGCCAUACCUCACUGUCUGCCUUCCAGACAUUUCCCUUUUCUGAAUCACCCAGGCAUGGGACUAUCAGCUGCCGCCUUCACUCUGGGCUUUCUUACCUUGGUAUGCUGUCCAGCUAGCUGUGUUGUAGGAAACCAUUGAAAAUGAUCAGAACCAGAGUAUGGGCUGGCCUUUAUAUGCCUUGGUUCUUGCCAUAAAGAAGGAGAAGGACCCUUGAUUUUUCUUUCCCUUCUGAGGGAGCCUGAAGUGGUAGAAGAAAGAAGCUAAAAUGUUUUCCCCCAGUAACAAUACUACUGCGACUACAGACUGUUACAAUCAAGUCUGGUAAAUCUGUACAGAGUAUAGACCUGUUACUAUGUUAUGAAUUUUGAAUUCCUGUUAUACAAACCUAUCUUCAGACCAUAAAUCCUUAAUUUUACCUAUGUAUACAGUAAAGUUAUCAGAAGGGGUCCCUUUAAAAUACAAGUAAUAUGGUUGUUUCUCAUGAAACCAUUGUCUAGUCCCAUAUAGAUAUAUAUUGAUCUAUUUAACUGUAUUCCUACUGGGCCCUUUUCUCAUAAUUAAAGAUUUUCCUUCAAUCUCAUUCCACCUUCCAAUACUUCCUGAGUUUAACUUCUGGGGGACUCUUGAGUUGUUGUGUAAAACACACCAUUGAUCAUGUCUACCAUGGGAAAGUCUUUUCACAAAUUAUCUCACAGAGAACCUGGAACAUGGUAGCCACUCUGCAAGUGUCCCUCAACCCUCUUGUCACUUGUUUGGGAGAAGUAAGAGAAUAUCACAUAGAACAAAGAUGACAUCCCUUCUCGGGGAUUUUGAUAAAAGAUUUGUAUCUCAUUAUCUUAAGCCCCCUUUGGAUACCAAACUGAAGUUAGUGUACAUAUUCUGGUGAACAAAUUUGAUAGCAACACUGCUGUCUGUGCAAUGUCUGGAUAUAUUAUUGCAUUUUAUUCUUGUAUUAAAAUAAAUAGAAAACA